CUUUUUCCUCCCUUGCCCUUGAUUGUGAAUUCCUUGACGUUGAAAUCGUGCAGCUAUGGAAAACCAGGGGUGGAGUUCUACGGACAACACAAGAAUGGAGAAGCCGCCGUGACGCAAAUAUUCUUCCUCAGCAAUCAGGGACGUCUGGUGACGCUGUGCGACGAUAACUCUUUGCAUCUCUGGGAGCUGAACGAAGAGGAGGACGAGGCGGACGGAUGGGUUCUGGAGGAGAUCAAGGAAGUGGCGCUGGAGGGCAAGUUGAAGCGGAUUUCGGCUUGCUGCUUGGAGCGGUCUGGAGACCAUUUGCUUAUCGGCACGGAAGGUGGCAAUAUUUACCUCCUUGACCUCAAGUCGUUCGAGAUGACCGAGCAGAUCAUUUAUCAAGACGUUGUGCUUCAAAACGUUCCUGACGAUUACAAGGUGAAUCCGGGCGCAGUUGAGGCGAUUGCUGAACACCCGACCAUGGAAGAUAAAAUAUUGAUUGGCUAUAAUCGUGGACUAAGUGUUUUGUGGGACAAGAAGGAAACGCAAGCCAGUAAGACAUAUGUGAGUUCUCAGCAGCUGGAAAGCUUGUCCUGGAACGAGGAUGGCACGCGCUUUCUUUCGUCGCACAACGACGGAUCGUACAUUGAGUGGGACGCGGAAGAGCCGAGCAAAGCUGGAAAUCCAACCACUCCGUUCGGACCGUUUCCAUGCAAGGCCAUCUCCCGCAUUCUUUGGAAAAUCAACACCGAGUACUCCGAAGGAAUCUACAAUCUUUCACGAUCUAACGAUGGUACUUCCUGGUUUAAUAGGGGUGAUCUGAAGAUUUUCAGUGGCGGAAUGCCUCGCGCUUCUCACGGAGAUAAGAACACCGUGACGCUGGUACAGAAGUCGAAGACAAUUGCUUUGGACUUUACAUCCAAGGUCGUGGACUUCCUGACGAUACCGAACGCAGCUGGAACAGCCGCUGGCUCGCUGAUAGUACUUGUGGAGGAAGAACUGAUUGGAAUCGAUCUGGAGGACCCGGCGUGGCCACAGUUGAGGUUACCAUAUUUGGCGCCGCUCCACGCAUCGCCAGUCACCGCCACACAUGUCGUGUCUGGCGUUUCCGCCGACGUGAUGCACAAGAUUCGUGAUGCCGGGGAAAAACAAAGCGAAGGGCUGUCAACGAAGGAAUGGCCAGUUAAUGGAGGAAAAACCAUUGGGGAUAUUGUGGAGGAAGAAGGCACCGUUUUGGUCACUGGUCACGAAGAUGGAACUGUUCGUUUCUGGGAUGCCGGACGCGUUGCUAUGUGCCCGUUGAUGACAUUCAAGAGUGCCGGCACGAUGUUCUUGUCGGAGACGGAGGAUGAAAUAGUACCAGCUGGGGAAGAUAAUAUUCCGUCUGCAGACCAAGACCAGCAAGACGAUGAAAUGUGGCCCAUGCGGAAGAUUGGAAGUUUUGAUCCGUUUUCGGAUGACCCGAGGCUAGCUAUCAAGAAGAUUUUCUUCUGCCCUCGUUCGGGAAAUCUUGUCGUGGGAGGCACUGCCGGACAAGUCGUAAUCGCUCAGCUAUCCGAGGAAAAGAUCGCCGAUGGAAAAGUGCAGGUCAACGUUGUUGAAUUGGUCGCCGAUGUGGAUGGAUUUGCGUGGAAGGGACAUGAAGCCCUGAAGGUGAAAUCUGCCGCUACGAAUGGAACCAUGAAAUUCGAGCCUGGGUUGCAGAGUGUGGCCAUUGUCCAACUCCAGCCUCCAGCGUGUGUUACAGCCCUGACUGCGAGCACUACUUGGGGAGUAGUUGCUGUCGGUACUGCGCAUGGUUUCACCCUGUUUGAUCGUCUCGCCAAGAAAGCCGUCGUUGUUAAAUGCACGCUGAAUCCGCAUGAUUAUGCUGGAGGAGCUGGAGACGCGCCGAUGUCCCGCAGGAAGUCAUUCAAGAAAUCUUUGAGAGAAUCGUUUAGAAAACUUCGUAAGGGAAGAUCUGCUGCCCCGGAAGCUCCGGCAAACAAGAGGAGGACUGCGACUCGAACAGCAAGUGAAGAGAAAGAGAGUCCUAGAAAGGCCUCUACAUCGGAGAAAGAAGGGACUGAAACUGAAAAGCCAGAGAAGCUUGCUGAAGUGACGGAAGAAAACAAGGCUGAGGAUGAGAAAAAGGAACAGGAGACGGAGGGAGAAAAGACUGAUGAGAAGAAGGAACCCGAGAAGGACGAAAAGGUGGAUGAGGAAAAGAGUGGCGAAAAGCAACCGGAUGAAGGAGCAAAAGCAGAGGAGCAGAGGGGUGCUCAAGCAGAUGACGAGGCUGGGAAAGCAGGUGCUUCUACCCCGAAGAAGGAAGUAGUUGAAGUCGGUGAAACAAAACCAGUCGAACGUCAGAUUGAAGCGCGAUCAGCAGAUGACACGUUCACGGGUUUAAUUCGAUGCUUGGCUUUGGUUGAUUGCAACCUCCUUUCACUUAAUACCAAGACGCCGACAUUUUGGGUGGGGAACAACAGUGGUGCUAUUUUUAUCUACACCUUGAGUUUCCCGGCUGCUGAGAAGAGAUCAGAAAAUGCAGUUUCUGUUAGAUUGGCAAAAGAAAUUCAAUUGAAGCACCGAGCUCCGGUCAUGUCCGUCUCGGUUCUCGACGGAAAUGUUCCGGUCGCCGAGUUUCCGAGCGAGCCUGAGGAGGUGAUCAAGCCAGUUGAGCAAUCCAAACCGGCUGAAGCCGCAACACCUGUUGCAUCUGUUGAAGAAUCCAAAGAAGUGAAGGAAGAGAAGGAAAAGGGUGCUGAAACUUCUGCUGAAACCAAAGAAGAGACGAAGAAGGAGGAGAAGAAGGAGGAAAAGCCACCUGCGCCAGUUGUGUCACACUCGAAACCCGCGUCGCAUCCUGCUGCACAUCCUAAAGUACUCAUUUGCUCGGAGGAGCAAUUCAAGAUUUUUUCACUGCCGAACUUAAAGCCUCUUGGAAAGUACAAACUCACGGCCCAUGAAGGUGCGCGAAUUAAGAAGGUGCAUUGGGCGAAAUUCUCUGCCCCCAUCCCUCCGUCGUCACCGUCCAAGACUGAAUCGACCAAGAGACACGAAGAAAUGUGUCUGAUGUGUUUGUCGAACCAGGGAGAUGUCUCUGUUUUCACCGUGCCAGAUUUACGUCGACAAAUGCUCGCAGAUUGUGUGAGAAAGGAAGAUAUCAACGGAAUGCUGUCGCUCAGUUUCACGUCGAACGGGGAAGCACUAUACUUACAGUCAUCCAGCGAGCUGCAAAGAGCAAGUUUGGCUGCCAAUCACGCGAUCGAGUCUAAAUGCGGAGUUUGUCUGUUGCCUGAUAUGAGGCCGAAAAAGCAAGCGAAGGUUGAGUCUACCAAGACCGAUGCUGAGAAAGUAGAUGACGCGACGCACAGUGACAAGCACAAUCAGUCUACCGGCAAUGGUGAUGUGAAAAAUGAAAACAAAGAGAUUGUUACAGAAGAAUCGAAACUUGAGACGUCGCAAAUGUCGACUGACAUCACGAUUGAUUCCAUCAAGGAUCAUGUUGGAAACUUGGAGACUAGCAUUACCAAAAAGACGGAGAUCAAAACCGAAUCAAUUUCGGAAAAGAUUGAGGAAAGCAUCACCAUGUCAAAAAUCACAACAAUCAGCUCCGAGACCGUGAAGGUCCCAAUCGCCGGAAGUGCGUUUCCCCCGAGUUUCUUCUCAUCUGAUGAGCACACUGUGGUUACCCAGAACUCAAGUGUCACGGUUCUUAAUUCUGAGACUAGAGCGUUGAAUUCAUCCAGACAUCCGAUCAUGGCUCCCUUGGCCAGCAUGGAGGACACAAACACAGUAGAAACACCGGGACAAGACUGAUCCAUGGAUUAAUCUGAGGAAAAUGAUUGCUUUGUAACGAAUUGUUGAUUUCAUCUCCAGACCGGAGGUUCAUUUCUCAAUUCCGCCUUUCUAUAGGAACACGUUCACAUGUAUCUUGGACAGCCAAGUGAAAAGGUUUGACAGCUGUAAAUAUCUGCUAAAUUGUUGUUUCCUUAUUUAUAACUUGCUGUCCGUGAGUGGUCGUGAAAGCUUGACAUUGGUGGUGUUGUAGGAAUGCUUUAAUGAGAAUUUUUGAAUGGCUCAGACCUAUAUUGGCAUUCCAAGUCAGUUGAUGGAGUUCUCUUGUGCACUUUUGACACCCCCGUUUUGCUUUUGGAUUCGAUGGACCCUCGAUGUGAUGUAAAUAGUGUUUGCUGGCCUUGUUUGCUUUAUUCUCUUGUCAUAAAGUGAGUGAAAUCGAGUGAAGAUUAGAGACAAAGUUUAUUUAUGGAAGGCUGAAGAAAAAAGGUGACAAGUAAUCAGAAGGUAGCUUAUUGCGCGUAGAGCAGCGGUGUUUUUUCUGUGUGAAAGGAUUUCGAGUAACUUUCAUUUCGCUUUUCCUGACGUUGCUUGGCUUUUGUAAAUGUCUUUCCGGAUACUCACGGAAGAAAGAAGAAAAGCGGAUGAAUAAUUACUGCGCUGUCAUGCCUUGCUUUGGGAUUCUUCCUAACGCUGAUCCGUCCUUUCAAGGAGUAACUCGUUACAAUUUUUUUGGAGGCCUUGUCACGAGGAAUGCAUUGAUCUCUAAAUUUGCUUGUCCUCUUCGUCUCCCAGUUGCUAUUUUUGUGCGAAUUAUUUCUACGGUCUGAUUGCGGUAUUUUUUUUGGUUUCGAUGACUGGACUUGCCUUCUUUGUGUGCUGGAUUGUGCCGCGGAAAAGUCGUGCGUCCUUCGGAGUUUUGUUUUUAUUGUGUAGCAAAUACCUGCCCAUGCUUUGCUUGUUUGGUGUGCACUUAUUUGUGAUUAGCAAAUUAGGAAGUGCGGGUGUGAGGGAUGGGAAAGUUGGUAGAUGGUUAAUAAAUUCCUGGAAAUA